UGCUGUUAAUUAUAGAUAGAAGAUAAAGACUGCAGUCACCUACACUUGAACACACACCUCUCUUACCACUCGAAAGUAAGAAACUAAAAACACAAGGAAGGAAGAAAAGGAAGGAUGAGCUUCCAACUAUUCUAUGAAACAUGGUUUGAGCAGCUCAAAGGAAUGGUACAUCAACUGAGCCAAGCCCCAAGACCCGCCACCAAUGACCAACACCACGAGUUGCACCAACAGCUUGUUCAAAAAGUCAUGUCCCACUACUCCGAGUACUACCGAGUCAAGUCCUUGGCUGCAAAAAAUGAUAUCCUCUCCGUUUUUUCUGCACCUUGGUGCACUUCUCUUGAACGUUCUCUCCACUGGAUUUCCGGUUGGCGACCCACCACCGCUUUCCACCUUAUCUACACUGAAUCCAGCGUUUUAUUCGAGUCCCAUAUCAUCGACAUUCUACGCGGCCUCCGCUACGGCGAUCUCGGUGAUCUCUCUCCCGACCAACUCCGCCGUGUCAGUGAACUUCAAUGUCAAGCUGUUCAGGAAGAAAAUGCUAUUGCUGAUGAACUCUCCGAUUGGCAGGAUGGUGCAAGUGAAGUAAUUGGGUUGAUGGGAGAUAUAGAUGCAAAAAUGGAAGGGCUGGUGAGCAUUUUAGAGAGGGCGGACAAACUGAGAAUGAAAACCAUAGAGAAUUUGGUGCAACUUUUGUCGCCACAGCAAGCGGUGGAAUUCUUGAUCGCAGCGGCGCAUUUGCAAUUCGGCAUCCGUAGAUGGGGAAUCAAUCAUGAUCGUCAACGAGGGAAUCCCUGACUUCUCAUUAUAUAUUACUUCCUUGUUCAUCAUGCAACUAGUUUAAUUUGCAUGUUUUUUUUUCUUUUUUUCGGAUCAGUUUUUCUCGGAGAAAAACAAAACAAGAAAUUGAUUUGUUCUUUUCUUUUACAAGUGGAUGAGUAGUUAUGCCACGUAUCAUGGCACGU